UCAGCAAAAAUAUUGUGUCGACGAAAGCAACAAAAAUAGCAUAAAAAAGCCGAAACUAUUCAAGAUUAUCGAUAUUUGAUGAAUUCGUUUGGAUGACUGUUACAAGAUGUCUGAGAUGAUGGAUGAAUGUGAUGAACCAAGCGUUGUAUCCGAAAAAAUUCUGGAGUUGAAAACCGAAGAUCAUGGUAGCCAUGUCUUAGUUCAUCUGCAAUCAUUCUAUGAUGAUGGCACCAUGUGUGAUGUCACUUUACGAGCAGGAGAUUAUUCUGUCCGUGCACACAAAAUCGUCUUGGCCGCUAAUAGUGAUUACUUCCAAGCCAUGUUUUCCGGCAAUUGGACAGAAACAGGAACCAGUGAAAUUGUUCUUCACGGUUUAACGCCAUCUGGAUUGAAGUCAGUUAUUCAAUUCUGCUAUUUUGGAAAACUGCUUGUGAGUUUUGAUAACAUCUCAGAAAUAGUUUCUGCUGUUCACCACUGUCAGCUUGUCAAGGCGUAUGAGCUGAUAGAGGAAUAUCUGAGUGAGGAAGUCAAUAUAACAAACUUCUUCGACUUAUUGAAGCUGGCAGAUGAUUUCAGCUUGGACAUAUUGCUGGCAAAUUUGGUGACUUUUGCUGUAGAACAAUUCAUGCCAUCUGAAAUGUUUCAUGGUGGUUUCUUGACCUGCCUGCAUCGUAUGGAUGCCACUUUCUUUCCUCUGGUCAUCAAGGAAUGGAAGUUGGCUGAUUCUGGCUUUGGAUUCUUUGCAGCGAUUGAGUUGCUGAUGAAAUGGGUGCAGUUUGAUUUGGAAGAAAGAGAAAAAUAUCUCCCAAAACUUUUCCAAAUUCUUCGGGGAAAAGUUGGUGAAGUUAAAAUUCCAGAAGUACGAGACGUGGUGAACUAUUUCAACUUGACACUAGAGGAGAGGAAUACGAAAAAUGAAACCAACUUGGGCUUUGUUACGUUUAUGUAUGGUGAUGAUCCAGCAGUUUAUAAUGAAGAAACAAACUCUUGGAAUGUUCUGGCAAACAUCCCUGGUCCAGAACUCCAGUUUGAUUCAUUUGGUGUAACAGUAUUGGAGAACUGUCUGUAUGUUUGUGGUGGUUUCACUGAAGAUCCAUGUCAAGUGGCGGAGGACAGGUGUCACCAGUAUGACCCUGUGUUAGAGCGGUGGCUGCCAAUAUCACGGUUACAAAAUGGCCGCAAGAUGUUCCCACUCGUUGCCUUGCAGGGUCAGCUGUAUGCACUUGGUGGUAUUGAUCAUCAUCAUUUCCCUAUGCGGGGUGUAGAGGUGUAUGACCCAGCAGACAAUACUUGGGCAGACAGUAUUUCAUUGCCUCUACCUCUUGCAUCCCAUGCUGCUACCGUACAUGGUGGAAAACUCUAUGUUAGCGGCGGGCAGUCUGAAUAUUUUGGAGAUGUUUUGGCCUGUUUACUCUGUUUCGAUCCUGUGACUAAAACAUGGGGUUAUAAGAAGAACAUGUUGUCUGCUCGCUGCAACCAUAUGCUUGUUGCUCACGGCGACCGACUCUACCAGCUUGGCGGUGAAAAAAGUGACUGCGUUGUGAGGGUUUGUUCUGCUGAGUACUAUGACAUAGCUUCCAAUAUGUGGACUGGACUGAAUAUAUUCCAGGAUGAUUUGAAUACAUACCCAUAUGGUGUUUGUGUGUGUAACAAUCUGUUCUACAUUUGGUUUGAAGUGAUGGUGCAUGUUCCGCAGCGCAAGGAUACCUUGUAUGUUGCUCAAUAUGAUCCAGAGAGUAGGACCAUUACAAAGCUCUAUGACCAACCAAGUUGGAUGGGAGUUGGGGCGAAGCAUUGGUGUCCUUUAAGGUUCCCCAAGUUUGUUGCUGAAUGUAUGCCCAGGUCCUCAUCAGUAAAAUGCAUACAGAGUGAACGGGUUGCAUUUAACAUGUUUGACUAAAACCAAAAUGAUUGUGUGAGUUAAGUUUAUUGUGAUGCAGUCGAUUUGGCGUAAAUAGUGCAACAACUGUUACAUGUAUUUGUCCAAGAACACGCCACAUGACUAAUGGACUAAUUCCACUGGAGCAAUACUGUACAUGUAUACCCAGUUCAUGUGACAGUCUCAUGUGUUGCCAGCGGUUUAAGUGGAUUACAUUUGUGGGCCGCAACCUCUACCUCUGUAUUGUUCAAAAUCACUUUACCAGUUUACAGUAUGAAAAUAAAAAUAUGACAUUAAUA